UAUCUGGCGCUGCGCAUGCCGGGAUAUGCAGUCUCCACCCCUUCAAUGUGCUCAAUGCCUCUGGGGGCGGUGGCCCGGCAUUUGUUGAUGACGGUUUCCGGCGGAGGAGGGGAGGGGUGGUGUUGCUGUGUCAGGGUCUCGCCUUACGGUACCUCCGCUACCCGCCGGCUUUCCCGGGCUGAGACGAGAUUUCCAACUGCGGGGAGAGCCACGGUCAUGGCGAGCGCGGGCGGCACUUACCGGCUCCGCUGCUCCGUGGUGGGACACGAGCUGGACGUGCGGGGCUUGAGUCACGGCCUGUUCCCGCCGGGCGGCUUCGUGUCUGUGUCCCGGGACCGAACCGCCCGGCUGUGGGCCCCGGACGGUGUUCACAAUGGUCUGUUCAGCAAGUUAGAAACAGAAUAUACAGAUAUUGUAUGCGUUGACACUGCUUAUACAGAAAUUUGCAGCCUUUCAUCUGGGAAAUUUGGCACAUUGCUUAGUGGCUCAUGGGAUACCACAGCUAAAGUCUGGUUGAAUGACAAAUGCAUGAUGACAUUACAGGGUCACACAGCUGCAGUAUGGGCAGUGAAGAUACUGCCUGAGCAAGGAUUAAUGUUGACUGGUUCAGCUGACAAAAGUAUUAAACUAUGGAAAGCAGGCAGAUGCGAGAGAACAUUCAAUGGACACGAAGAUUGUGUGAGAGGUUUAGCGAUUUUAAGUGACACAGAAUUUCUUUCCUGUGCUAAUGAUGCCAGUAUUCGAAGGUGGCAGAUCUCGGGCGAGUGUCUUCAAAAUUAUUACGGACAUACAAAUUAUAUAUACAGCAUAUCUGUCUUCCCUCAUUGUAAAGAUUUUGUAACCACUGGAGAGGACAGAUCACUUAGGAUCUGGAAACGAGGGGAAUGUGCUCAGAUAAUCAGAUUUCCAGCUCAGUCUGUUUGGAGCUGCUGUGUGUUAGACAAUGGUGACAUCGUGGUUGGUGCAAGUGAUGGGAUUAUCAGAGUAUUUACAGAGUCUUUGGAGCGCACAGCAAGUGCUGAGGAGAUUCAAGCUUUUGAAAAUGAACUUUCCCAGGCAACUGUUGACCCCAAAACUAGUGAUUUGGGAGACAUUAAUGCUGAUGAUCUUCCUGGAAGAGAACAUCUGAAAGAACCUGGAACAAGAGAAGGGCAGACACGACUGAUUAGAGAUAAUGGGAAAGUUGAAGCCUAUCAGUGGAGUGUUAGUGAAGGGAGGUGGAUCAAGAUUGGUGAAGUGGUUGGAUCAUCUGGAGCCACACAGCAAACAUCUGGAAGGGUUUUAUUUGAAGGAAAGGAAUAUGAUUAUGUUUUCACUAUUGAUGUGAAUGAAAAUGGACCUUCCUACAAAUUGCCAUAUAACAUCAGUGAUGAUCCCUGGCUGACUGCAUACAAUUUCCUGCAGAAGAAUGAUUUAAAUGCCAUGUUUCUGGAUCAGGUGGCCAAGUUUAUUAUAGACAACACCAAAGGGCAAAUGCUGGGGAAUACAGACACUGGAUUUUCAGAUCCCUUUACAGGCAGUGGUCGCUAUGUUCCGGGCUCUUCAUCUGGGUCCAAUGCUGUACCUGCACCAGAUCCGUUUACAGGUGCUGGUCGCUAUGUCCCUGGUUCUGCAUCAAAUGUGGUACCUCCUUUGAGUGGAGUAGUUGAUCCAUUUACUGGAAGAGGAGCUUAUCAAGCAACCGAUGCUAAAGCUGAAAAUAUUUAUUUUCCAAAGAAGGAAGCUGUCACUUUUGACCAGGCCAACCCCACACAAAUAUUGGGUAAACUAAAGGAACUUAAUGGAAAUGCACCUGAAGAACAAAAGCUAACUGAAGAUGAUCUGAUACUCCUAGAAAAAUUACUCUUUGUAACAUGUAAUACCUCUUUAGAAACACCAACAGCACAACAACUUCAAACUUUGUGGAAAGCCAUUAACUGGCCAGAAGAUAUUGUCUUUCCAGCAUUAGACAUUCUUCGACUAUCUAUCAGGAAUCCCAGCGUGAAUCAGAAUUUCUGCAGUGAAAAGGAUAGCAUACAAUUCAGCAGCCAUCUCCUAAAAUUUCUGAAUUGUAACGGAAAGCAGGCAAACCAAUUACUGGCACUUAGAACUCUUUGCAAUUGUUUUGUCAGCCAGACAGGCCAGAGGCUCAUGAUGUCACAGAGGGACACAAUAAUGUCACAUGCAAUAGAACUGAAAUUGGGCGGCAAUAAGAACAUUCACAUCGCACUGGCCACAUUGACAUUGAACUAUGCUGUUUGGUUACAUAAAGUUAAUAACAUUGAGGGAAAAGCUCAGUGUUUGUCAGUAAUCAGCACUGUCAUAGAAGUUGUUCAAGACCUUGAAGCCAUUUUUAGACUGCUUGUGGCUCUUGGGACGCUAAUCAGUGACGAUACAAAUGCUGUGCAAUUAGCCAAGUCUCUAGGAGUUGACUCUCAAAUUAAAAAAUAUGCCUCUGUAUCAGAACCAGCUAAAGUAAGUGAAUGCUGUAGGUUUGUCCUCAAUCUUCUGUAACUUUUUUUAGCACUUGGGCAACUAGGAAUAUGUAGUGAAAUAUUUUUUUUUUUCAUAUUUUACAUGACUGAAUAUAACUGAAAAAAUACUGUGGGAGAAUUACAAAUUUGAUGAAGAUCUAACUGGUUAUGAGUGGAACAACCUAAUAAAAACUUUUUGCACUGAUUGUAAA